UCCCUAGCUCACAAGCAAAGCACUUCUUUUUUCUCCGGCUGCUUGUUCGGGUUCCAUAAUGGGGACUCUUCCCCGCAAUGCAGCCCGGCUUUUGUUUAUUUGCACGGUAUUGAUCUGCUUCUUUUCUGCUAAUUCUUUCGCUUCGGUGCAAUCUCAAGUUUCCGGAGUGAUUGAAUGCUCGGAUUGCAAAUUGAAGAAAAUCAAGAACGAGCACGCAUUUGCAGGACUUCACGUAGUGAUAAAAUGCAAGGCAACCGAAGGAAAAGACUACGAAACAAAAACAAGCAUCAAACUCGACAAAGAAGGGAAAUUCCAAACAAAACUCGAAGAACAAGAACUGCUCAAAGAAUGCAUUGCACAAAUUCAUUCAGCAAAUAAUGUCCCUUGCAAUGAUCCUUCAAAGAUAAUCUCAAAUGGAAAACACUCAAUGACAACUGCCACAAAGCUUCAAUUCUCAUCAACAACAUGUGUUUCAGCCUUCUUUUGGCAUCCUAUUCCAAGCUGGCCACCUUUACCUCCUCAUCCUUGGCAUAAACCAUUCCCUUUCCCUCCCAAACCUUAUCCCCACCCUCCAUACUACAGUCCACCUGUCUAUCAACCACCUCCAACUCCUGAACCAGUUUACAAACCUCCUCCUUCUCCUACACCAGAAUACAAACCUCCCCCGACUCCGGUCCCUGUCUACAAGCCACCACCAACUCCGGUCCCUGUCUAUAAGCCACCACCAACUCCGGUCCCUGUCUAUAAGCCACCACCAACUCCGGUCCCCGUCUACAAGCCACCACCGGUGCCAGUAUACAAACCACCACCAGUGAAGAAACCAUGCCCACCACCAGUUCCAGUAUACAAACCACCACCAGUGAAGAAGCCAUGCCCACCACCAGUUCCAGUUUACAAACCACCUCCAGUUGAGAAGCCAUGUCCUCCAGUUUAUAACAAACCAUUACCUCCUCCAGUGCCAAAGUACCCUCCUGUUUACAACAAACCAUUGCCUCCUCCAGUGCCAAAGUACCCUCCUGUUUACAAGAAGCCAUUGCCUCCUCCAUUUCCAAAGUACCCACCUAUUUACAAGAAACCAUUGCCACCAUUGCCAAAGUACCCUCCCAUUUACAAGAAGCCAUUGCCUCCAUUGCCAAAAGUACCCUCCCAUUUACAAGAAGCCAUUGCCUCCAUUGCCACCAUUGCCAAAGUACCCUCCCAUUUACAAGAAGCCAUUGCCACCAUUGCCCAAGUUCCCUCCACAUCCCAAGCAUAAGAAGUAUCCUCCUUCUUAUGGUUGGCCUCCAUUGCCACCUUUCUCUUAUCAUCACCCACUGCCUCCACACUCUGGCAACUGAAACUGAUGAUUCUAUAAGACUAGCUACUGCUGGUUUACUGCCUUGGUUAAUUAUGUCUUCUUUAUUAUCUUUUAAAGCUUUUUUUUUAUAUUUUUAUGUUUAUGGUGCAAUAAGGACGUUAAUUGUUUAAUGUCAGCUGUGUGGAGUGGAUCAGGUUUGGCUUGCUUUUGCUGUCAUUUGGAUAUAUAUUUGUAUUCUGAGAUUAUGAUCCAUGUAAAGUACUCACAAGUGCUUCUUCAAUGGCCUUUACAAUAAUUCAAGUUUUAUUAUUUGCUAUUC